AUGAAGCCCGACGUCACUCGCCUCGGCAGUGAAAGGUACUACCGUAUGUAUGUGUACGGCGCUAGCGCGGGAGAAGGGGGGUUCCAGAAGGAGCCCCAUUCGACGUUGGGAACAGUGAGGGAGGGGCCCAUUUGCGGGGGAAGCUUGGAGUGGAGGCAUGUGGGGACCGCGGUUGCAGCAGCUCAAGAUUGA